AUGGCUCCUCCGACCUCCAAGACAACACUCGACUCUCCUGACUCAGGAGCUCCCCGGAAACGGCGCCGAACUGCCCUGGCCUGCGAGGAGUGCCGCGAUAGGAAGCGCAAGUGUGAUGGAGUCAAGCCCGAGAGAAACAGCAAGGGAUGGUGGAGCAACAAUUAUGUUCAGGAGCUCAAAAGUCGCGUCAGAGAGCUGGAGGAUACACAGAGGCUAGCAGGUACUAUCAACGUACACAUCCCUCCAUCUGAGGGCGAACUCGGUGGCCCUGUCGUCUUGCCAGAAGGCUCUCCGGUUGUGGUACCCCCUGCUCAAGACGAUAGUGACGACCACAAUGACAGCCCAGAUGAGAGGCCACAGCUCGAUACUGACCAUGGUCUUCGCGUGCCCGAAGAUGAUGCACCUGACGGGGCGGAUGCAAUGGGUUCUUACCAUCUAGGAAUACCCUCGCCGUUGGAAUCCACGGCAGUAGCACCUAUCGAUAAUGCUUCAGAGCAAACCUCUGCGCCUUGGGCCAACUUGAGCUUUGGACCACUUUCCGCAUUUGUGUCUCCCCCAAAAGAUCAUCCCGAAAAAGGGAUCGAAAAACCAGCCAUGGCCGACACAGGGGCAGAACAGCCCGCGAUGGACGCCAUGGGAGUCGUCGUGUCCAUACAUGGUGCGAAUCCCCAAUCAUCAAAACACCCAUCUGACUACUUCGGCCCCUCGAGCACAAUCAGCCUUCUCCGUGAGGCCCGGAGUGUCAUGGGCCGACGGAAUUGCGGACACGUGCCUUGGCUUCUUGGUAACUGUUCGACGGGCAAAGAUGGCACCAUGGUGUCAACAAGCGAACCAUCGCCCAUGUCAUCUAUAUGGCUCAACUCUGGGUACGACAAGUUCCACCCCAUGCUUGGAAUGAAUGUUCCCCCUCGAACUGACGCGGAUCGCCUCGUCAACCUCUUCUGGACAUAUGUGCACUCUCUAUACCCAUUCCUGCAUUGGCCGUCAUUUUAUGAUCGCUAUCUCACACUCUGGACGCCUCAGACAUCUCCACAAGAAAACAGAGCCACUUGUUCCAUGAAUGGAUACUACAGUACCCUCAACGAGUCCUUGUUUCACUGCAUGCUCAAUGUCGUCUUUGCUUUGGGCGUGCUUCACAACACGGAGCUCACUCAACAGGAACGAGACGACAUCAGCUAUACCUUCUUCAGGCGCGCAAAGAGCCUCCUCGGCCUCGACUUGCUGGAAAGCGGAAGUACGCCCUUGGUACAGGUACUUCUUCUCAUGGGCCAGUACCUCCAGACCAGAGACAUCACGAGUUCGUGCUGGAAUAUCAUUGGGAUGGCAAUCCGUGUCGCCCAGGGAAUAGGACUGCACCUUCAACCUGAAGAGCGGGAAGAAGGCGAUGCUAGCAACUGUCAGGCAGCCGACCAGCUCGAAGAGGAAAUGCGCCGACGCGCUUGGACUGGGUGUGUCUUGCUCGACCGGAUCCUCUCACUUACUUAUGGACGCCCCCUUAUGAUACACUCGGGUGCGGCGCACAGCCGACUCUCACUUCCAUCGACCAUCGAUGACGAACUAUUGACGCGAUUUCCCCAUAGUCCAGGGUCUCAGCCAAGUGAUAUGCCCAGCCGUGUGGAAUGCUACAUUCAUGCCAUCAAGCUACAAGAUAUUCUCGGCCAAGUCCUCACUUCCUUUUACCACCAAGGCUCAGAGAAUGAGGGUGCGUCCACCUCAAGCCUCGGCGUAGACGAGUCACAACGCAAGGGAAUUAGUAACGCCGGGCUACAAAAAUUGCUUGAUUUAGAUGGCGAGCUUGAUGCGUGGAACCGAAAUCUACCGGCGCAUCUGCAAGUCGACAGCUACUCGAUCGAGAACUCGUCUUUGGGCGGUCCACGGUCGAAGAGGUCAACCAUCUUUUGCCGACAAGCUACAGUACUCAAAGCAAGGUUUCUUUAUGUGCGUCUGAUCUUGCUAAGGCCUUCAUUGUCGGAACUCUGCGACUCAAAAGACAUGGUGCCAGCCCGGCUUGGUACAGCCAAUGCGAGCAUGCGACAGAGCAUGUUGAUAAAGACCGGGAAUUUGUGUGCGUCUGUCGCACAAGAGCUUGUUCAUCUGAUAACAGAAAACUCACGCUCUCGUGCUCACCUCCUACCACCACCCUGGUAUAACGUACUUUAUAUACACGGCUGCGCUCUUGUUCUUCUUCUGAGUUCUUUGUGUUUGUCCAAGUAUAACGACGUUGACCAACCCUCUCUGAUGACUGACUGGAAUCGAUGUUUGACCUUUCUUCGCGAGUAUCAAGUACAAAGCCGAUCUGCAUCACGCUGUAUCAGAAUCUUGGAACUCCUGGAGCAGGAAGCAUCAUCCUACAACAGUGGAAAUAGAAUGAUGGACGAGCCUCAUACAUCGUCGUUAGAGGGACAUCAGCCUACCCUCUCCGUUGACGCCAGACACUUGGGACUCGACCUGAUUACUGGAAAGGACGUCCCCUCAACACUCGCCCUUGGCCUCGGCGAAGAGGAUAGUAACUGGGUAAACACAGACGGUCUGGAUUGGUUUUCAUUGGCUCCAUUCUUUGAUGGGACAGCAGAUAUUGCCCCUUAG